CCAUGAAUACUAAUGCCACAUUUCGGGUCUUUGUCUGCUGUGGAAAUCAUCUCGGGACGGGGACCCCUGCGGUCUCCAGGGUAACCAGAGUCCAGCUCAGGCAUCCGGAGCGUUAACCAGGCGGCCUGGGAGCCAUUAAUGAGGCGGCAGAGGAGACAGGCUGUAGUUUUAUUAUACGUGUUCUCCUCUGUACAUGGGCGAGAGAGAACCAGUUUAAAAUCAAUCAGCUGCCGGUACCAGUCCCUUUGCACCAGAGCCACAGCGACGCCAUGCGUCCUGGUCCCGGAGAGGGGCGUGGACGCGCGUCCUUUUACGCGCAGGCGGCGCGUUUACCGAGCGGAGCGGAGUUUGACUUCCAGAGCGCAUGUGGGACCGUCACCGCGUCCGGGACGGAGCGAAGCGAUGAAGAGGAGCCGUCGUAGGGCCGAUCUCCGUUCCCCUCCACGAUGGUGUCCGGCUCAGUGUCCGGGUUUCUGAAGGGAGCGAUGGCAGCUCACACGGAAGACAUGUCCACGGCCGCGAGUCCAACCGUCCCCUCGGCUCAGCUGACAUCGGACCAACUCACGGUGGUCGCCGCGUCCUUCUCUUCUCUGGUUUUCUUUGUGGUGAUCGUCGUGCUGCUGUCCAUCAUUUACCGCAGGGAUCCUCAGUGCUGCAAGCAGCGCUCCUACCAGGACACGCAGGCAGAUAUGGAGGCUCCGCGUCAGUACUACAGCAGCAGGCAGACGCUGGUGGGAUCUCCGUGUCUGGACCAGAUCCCUGAGGACGUCAGCGUGCAGCCCGGCGGUCGCCUGUUCCUGGUCGGCCUGCCCUCCAGCUACAGCCUCCCCUCCCUGGACGCCCCGAUGCCGAGGCUCCCGUCCUACGAGAGCGUCCGCAAGAAGGACCGGCAGCGGCAGAUCCACAUGAUGAUCGCAGACCGUUUCGGCCUCAACGGCCCCUUUGUGACCGAGCCUCCUCCGUCGUACGAAGAGAGCGUCCGUCAGUCUGCAGAGCUUCCCUACGACUUCCUGUCCCCCGGCGUGGACGUGUCCUCCCCUCAGAGUCUCUACAGCCGCUCGGCUCAGACGGACUCGUCUCGUCCCGUCACUUUUCCACCCAUGUGAUCCAGCUCAGGUCCUCGGGCCUGAUCCAGUGAAUGUGAAAGACUGGACGCUUUUAUUUUUAAUUCUUUUUUUUUUUGCAAACUGAUACCUCAAGACGUUGAGUUUUAGUUGAGGAACUGUUUCAUGCACCGUCCAGACAUGUGAAUGUUGGUCAGAGAGACUCUGGAGGCUCGUGAGCGAAGGUGGCUGGUUCAUCUUGAAGAGGAUGGGAACUCAUCGAAAGAGGGAACCAGUCCUGACUCUGUUCACCGCAGGGAUGUGGGUUUUUAGUUCGGGUUUAAUUAAUCAGAUCUGUCUGACGAGAGGCUGCGUCCGUCUGUUUGCAUGUGGAGAAUAAAAGCAGAGAAUAAAAGGAGAGAAUAAAAGGAGAGAAUAAAAGCAGAGAAUAAAAGGAGAGUGCCUUUCAUCAAGUUAUAAGAAGACUUUUAUCACAAAAAACCAAAUGUUUUAGGGUUCAUCUCUUUUUAUUUUGACUUCUUUCCUGUCACUUGUACAUGUUUUUGUCGUUUAUGUCGUCUUGUAUUUAUUGGAGGAAAAAAAAGAGGAGCGACUACAUGUGAUUUAUCUGCAGGAACAAAUGGAAUAAAUACGUUUUGUUGCUUUG